AUGAAGUCCUCGGGGGAGAGCCGCCUGGAGAAGCUGCUCGCUCUGCUGGAAAAUGGGACCAGCGAAGCGACGCGGAAGGCGGCGGGCAAGCACAUCAGCGACAUCGCCGCCGCGCACCCGACGCAGCUGGCAUCCGUCCUGUGCAAGGUGCAGCCCUACCUUUACAACAAGAAGUGGGAGUGCAGGGUGGCUGCGGGCGAGGCGAUCGGCCACAUCGCGGAGCACUUCGCGCACCACAGCGCAACGGACAUCAAGGCCAAGUUCCAGGGGCUGGGGGACGCACGCCAGGGCGCGCCCACCUUCCGCCUGCACCAGUUUCACAUCGACGGGAUUCUGGAGUCUGGGGCGCCGCUGCUGUCUUCAGGCGGACAGGAGUAUGAUCAAGCAGACAGCAGCUUGAAGGGGAAAGACUGCCUGGCCCGAGAGAAGAGCAAAAUCGAGGAGAGCAUAGGUGUCAAUCAGAUGUUCAUGACCAGUUCUUUGGAACUGAAGGACAUCGUUGCAGAUGCCGACCUGCUGGAGACCUCAGCAAGCAUUCCACAGACAAGUCAGCGCUCCCCAUUGGAGCUGCUGGUGACCGAAUCAACACUCAGCGCCAGAGAGAAGAACCGGUUGAAGCGGAAGGCCAGAAGCCUUGCAAGACCAGAUUCGUUGAAGAAGAGGGUGGGUGCGUGCUCCAGUGCCGAGGCUGGCAGCACAGUCUGA